AUGGCAAACAAGGGAGGCUUUUCAAAAGGACUUCUUCUCAAGGACUACAAAAGAAUCCAAGAAAAUCCCAACGAGUAUUACAGUGUCGGGCUGGUUGACGGCGACAUAUACACAUGGGAAGUCUUGAUCUUCGGUCCAAGGGCGACGCCAUACGAAAAUGGAAUUUUCAAAGGGCGGAUGGUAUUUCCCACCGACUACCCAAGCUCUCCUCCAAAGUUUCGGUUUUGCUCGAAGAUGUGGCAUCCAAACAUAGAUGAAAACGGAAAUGUCUGCAUAUCGAUAUUGCACAACCCUGGAGAGGACGAGUAUGGAUAUGAGUCCCUAGGAGAUAGAUGGCUUCCUGUGAGGACUCCCGAGAGUGUGAUACUAAGCAUAAUAACACUCCUUACAUCGCCGAAUUGCGAAAGCCCUGCCAACGUGGAUGCAGCACAGCAUCUAAGGGAGAACGAGAAGGAGUACAAAAGAAAGGUGAUGGAGCUCACUGCAAUGACCCUUGACAUUUACGACAAGGAGGGAUAA